GUGCUUAUCACGGGCCUUUCAGGAGAAGGAAGGGGGUGGAGGUGCGCAUGUUAGUCAGCGUCACCGCCGCGUUCGUUCUAAUCCCGUGCAUAGCACACAAUUUAUGACCGGCUUAAAGGAAUUUGAUUUCGGAUUAAUCUGAAGAUACACGGUCUCGAAUUGAACGAAAUUUGUACGAUCGGAGAAUUCGAUCGGACGCGAUUUUAUUUUUCUGAGGAUCUUCCGGAUUCUGCUUCAUCUAUUUCUAAAAUCUUCCAAAUUUUGGUGAAAUCCGGCUGGUUGUGUCGUUUACUCCCAAAAUCGGAGGAGGAAGCUCUGGAGAGAUUCAAUGCUAUACGAUGAUCGGGGUUUAUAGUUGACAUGAUCAAUGGAGGAAGAGGAGGAUAAAUUCUUGUUGAGUAGUUUAGGGGUGACAUCUGCGAAUCCCGAAGAUAUCGAACAGACGAUACUAAACGAGGCAAAGAAGAAAUUAGAGGAUGGGGAGGGUGGGAGCGCAGUGGGUGAGCCCUCUGGUCAGUUGGAGUUGGAAAGAACUGAUACAUUGCCUUCUAGCCAUUCGGAGCUUUUGAGUAAAUUAAGGGCUGUAGAGUUUGAAAUAGAUGCUGUUUCUUCGACUGUCGAGGACGUUGCAAAAGAUGAUAGCUUAAAGAAAAACGGCGAUGAAGCUCAUAUUCAGGCUCCGCAUAAUCGUUCUUCACUCCAGCAUGCCCUAGCCACCGACCGUCUAAGAAGCCUUAAGAAAAGAAAGGCUCAAUUUGAAAAGGAGCUGUCUGGUUUACAUGGCGACGGUGUUUCUGAGGGUAUUGAUCGUGAUAAUCUACUGAGAAAUCUGGUGAAGGAAGAGCCUAGUCUCAAGAGAAAAUCGAAAGAGGCUCUCAAACCAGGCAAGAAAGAAAGGAAGAAGGUGAAGACUGUCUCAAUUCAUGAUGACCCUGAUUUCGACGCUGUCCUUGAUGCAGCUUCUGCAGGUUUUGUUGAAACGGAAAGGGAUGAAUUGGUCAGAAAAGGAAUUUUAACUCCGUUUCACAAGCUUGAGGGAUUUGAACGUCGACUUCAACAACCAGGGCCAUCCAAUUGGCAUAACAUUCCUGAACAAGAUGAUGAAAAUGACAACGAUGAGGACUCUGCUAGUAUUGCUAGAGCUGUUCAAUCGAUGUCUUUGGCUGCAAAAGCUCGCCCAGCUACCAAGCUGCUGGAAGCAAAAGAGUUGCCAAAGCUUGAGGCACCUACUAUUCCUUUUAAAAGGCUAAGAAAACCUUAUAAGACUCAUCAUGAUUCUCCGGAAAAGGAAACGGAGAAUGGAAAAACUGCUAUGGCUAAAAAGAAACGGCCUUUGCCGGAGAGGAAAUGGCAAAAGCAGAUUUCCCGUGAAGAUAUCGAUCUUCAGGAUAGCGAAGAUAGGCAGAGAAACUCAACCAUUUCCAGCUGUGAGGAAGAACAGCUAGAUGAAGAUGAUGACAGAGGCCAUAACGAGACAUCAUUUGUAUUGCUUGAAGGUGGAUUAAAAAUUCCUGAAAACAUAUUCAGUAAGCUUUUCGAAUACCAAAGAGUUGGAGUGCAGUGGCUCUGGGAACUUCACUGUCAAAGGGCUGGUGGCAUUAUUGGGGACGAGAUGGGUCUUGGUAAGACUGUACAGGUCUUAUCUUUUCUCGGAUCCUUGCAUUUCAGCAAGAUGUACAGACCAAGCAUUGUCAUAUGCCCUGUUACUCUUGCACGCCAAUGGAGGAGAGAAGCACGGAAAUGGUACCCAGGUUUUCACGUGGAGAUACUCCAUGACUCAGCGCAAGAUUCUGGACACGGGAAAGGACGAGGCAAGGCCUCUGAUAGCGAUUACGACAGUGAAGGUGAAGUUGACAGUGACAAUGAGAGAAACUCGUCCAAGAACAUCAAGAAAUGGGACUCUUUGAUAAAGCGGGUUCUGAGAUCUGACUCGGGCCUGCUCAUCACCACGUAUGAGCAACUGCGACUUCUGGGCGAGAAGCUGCUUGAUAUUGAAUGGGGUUAUGCAGUAUUGGAUGAAGGUCACCGUAUCAGGAAUCCGAAUGCCGAGAUCACUCUGGUGUGCAAACAACUACAGACCGUCCACCGGAUAAUCAUGACUGGUGCACCGAUUCAGAAUAAGCUGACGGAACUCUGGUCGUUAUUUGAUUUUGUUUUCCCAGGGAAGCUCGGGGUUUUGCCUGUAUUCGAGGCAGAGUUUGCGGUACCCAUAACCGUUGGCGGUUACGCAAAUGCUUCUCCUUUGCAAGUAUCGACGGCCUAUCGAUGUGCUGUUGUUCUUCGUGAUUUGAUCAUGCCCUACUUACUCCGACGCAUGAAGGCUGAUGUGAAUGCUCACCUUCCAAAGAAGACUGAACAUGUCCUCUUCUGCAGCCUCACCGCGGAGCAGCGAUCUGUCUACAGAGCGUUCCUCGCGAGCACCGAGGUGGAACAGAUUCUGGAUGGCAAUAAGAAUUCUCUGUACGGGAUCGAUGUGAUGCGUAAAAUAUGCAAUCACCCGGAUCUACUCGAAAGAGAGCAUUCUCAUCAGAACCCGGAUUACGGAAACCCGGAACGAAGCGGGAAGAUGAAAGUUGUUGCAGAAGUGCUUAAGGUGUGGAGAGAGCAGGGUCAUCGCGUGCUAUUGUUUUCACAGACGCAGCAGAUGCUCGACAUUCUCGAGAGCAUUUUGGCUGGAAGUGGAUACAGUUAUAGGAGGAUGGACGGGCUUACACCAGUUAAACAGAGGAUGGCAAUGAUCGAUGAGUUCAAUAACUCCGAUGAUGUGUUCGUCUUCAUUCUGACUACAAAGGUGGGAGGGCUGGGGACGAACCUGACUGGUGCGAACCGGGUCAUCAUCUUCGAUCCGGAUUGGAACCCUUCCAAUGAUAUGCAGGCUAGGGAACGUGCAUGGCGUAUAGGCCAGAAGAAGGAUGUUACUGUUUACAGAUUGAUCACACGAGGGACGAUAGAGGAGAAGGUAUACCAUCGACAGAUUUACAAGCACUUCCUCACCAAUAAGAUCCUGAAGAAUCCGCAACAGAGAAGAUUCUUUAAAGCCCGGGACAUGAAAGAUCUCUUUUCCUUGAAUGACGAUGGUGACAGCAAUGGCGGCUCAACUGAAACCUCUAACAUUUUCGGCCAGCUCUCUGGAGAGAUAAAUAUCGUAGGAGCUCAAACAGAUAAGCAAAGCAAGGCGGAGGAAAAUUCCCCCGAAGAAGGAUCCUCAGGCAAUAAAGAGAUGGAAACUAGAGAUAAAGGUGACAAAGCCACGGAUGACGAGGAGACAAAUAUCUUAAAGAGUCUAUUCGAUACUCAUGGAAUACAUAGUGUGGUGAAUCAUGACGCAAUCGUGAAUGCAGACGACGAAGAGAAGAUGAGGAUGGAACAGAAAGCAUCGGAGGUCGCACAGAGAGCGGCAGAGGCACUGCGUCAGUCACGGAUGCUCCGUAGUCGGGAAAGCAUCUCUGUGCCGACAUGGACGGGAAGAUCUGGUUGUGCGGGUGCCCCUUCGUCUGUCCGGACGAGAUUCGGACGGGUGGCCCAUUCUGCUACUGCCGAUGACGCACCAUCGGCCGGCAAGAACGGAAUCGGUGCAGGCCUGCCUUCGGGGAAAGCUCCGUCUUCUGCAGAACUGCUGGCCAGGAUCCGGGGAAGCCGGGAACAAGCCAUUGGUGCGGGGCUUGAGCCACGGUCAUCACUCAGGUCGUCCCGUGAGCCGUCGGGGUUGCAGCCAGAGGUUCUGAUACGGCAGAUAUGCAGCUUUUUGCAGGAAAGAGGGGGAAGGACGGACUCAGCGAGCAUUGUUGAGCGUUUCAAGGACAGAGUGCCACCAACGGACAUGCCACUGUUCAAGAACCUCUUGAAGGAAAUAGCUACGCUCCAGAGGGACCGAAACGGUUCGUUUUGGGUCCUCAAACCUGAGUACAAAGACUGAGUUGAGUCGCUUUCUCACCCUUGUAGUUGUUGUAGGUUUCAUGUGUCCGUAUGAAGUGUAAUUUUUUUUCAAAGAAAGCUUCGAUUCGUAUUAUGUUUAAUUCCCAAAGAAGAGCAACAAAGUCUUGGAAUUGCAUUGCAUCCAUCCGUAGACAAUGAGAAGAUUAAAUGGCAACAGGACA